GUUACACAAAGUCUCGCGUGAUUUGGCCAAACCGCCUGUUAUCGUAAGUUAGCGACAGCUCGGUGGUUCGGAACCGUUUAGCGUCGCUGCAGACAGAACCAAACUUUUCCUACAUUUACCCAGCGGGGACGACGUGCGGCGUAUUUUAUGGGCCAGGACAGAGCAGGGGACCUCCUGGCUUCUUGUUUUUACCUUCGACUCUACAUCGGCUCUGCUAACGGCUAACAGCUAGCCCGCUAGUUAGCAUCCGGCUAACAGAUUUAGCUUGGGCUGCAGAAGAACCAGGAAGGAGGAGGUGGACCUGCAAGCUUCUGGGCCCGAACCUCCAGCGGCUCUCUCGAGCAUUUAUCCGGUUUAACAGAACCUGUAAUCCACAGAAGGACAGAGGAACCCUGAUUGGAUCCCACUGCAGACAUGUCGAAGGCUCUGGAUUCUCCGUCCCGACCCAGAUCCAGGUCAAGGUCCAGAUCCAGGUCCUACUCCAGGUCCAGAUCCCGAAGCCACUCCCGCUCCAGAUCCAGGAAACGCCACUACAGCUCCAGGUCCCGGUCCCGGUCCCACUCCCCGGGCUACAGGAACUACCCGUCCCGGGACUACCAGGGCAACAACCGCGGCUUCAGGGGCUACAACCGCGGCUACCGCCGGCCGUACCACUACCGGGGCCGCAGCCGAGGCUACUACCCCCGGGGCCACUACCAGAACCGAGGCCGGGGGGGCGGAGGAGGAGGCGGCGGCUACGGCUACAAGUCCAACUGGCAGGGCGGGGGAGGCGGCUGGCACGACCGCCAGGAGCACCGCAGCCCCAGGAGGGCGUACUCACGCUCCCGCACGCCUAAGAAGCGCUCGCCCAGCCGCAGCCGGUCCCGGAACUCGGACCGCUCGUCAUCGGGCCGGUCGCAGCGCUCCAGGCACUCCAGCUACUCCUCCCGCUCCCGUUCCCGCUCCUCGUCCCGAAACCGCGACAGCAAAGGCCGGCCCCGGUCCAAGGACGCCAAAGACAAGCAGCCCGAGAGUCAGAUAGAGAAGCCGGCGCCGUCCGGCGACGGCGUCAUCGUCAAAACCUCCGGGGGGAAGUGGAUCGACUACGACGCCAGCCCCAAGCGCCGCACCCCCGACUCCAAGAAGGAGGACCCUCCGUCUCCUGGCAGCAAAGGCUCCGGCGGCGGCGGCGGCGGCGCGCUGUGGAAAAGCGUGGGCUCUGUGUCGCCUCCUGCAAAGAGUCCCUCCAAGUCCGGCCAGACGGCCUCCUUCGGCGGCUUCGGCUUCUUCUCCAAGGAAGAGGCCAAAGCUGGAGACAGCGCCGUCAUCUCUGCUGCUUUUAAAAAGUUCAUGGCGGAGAACAAACACAAGAAACAAGCCGCCGAGAAGGAGAACAGCCGGGAGAAGGAACAAGGUUCUGCAGAAGCCGAGAAAAGCUCCAAAUCCUCAGACCUGUUCACCAUCUCGGCUUCUCCCUACGCCGAGUCCAAAGAGGACAAGGUUCCCUUCUUCGACCCGGGAGAGGAGGAGUUCCUGGAGUCCCAGGGCCUGAAGGAGCGCAUCAUCAGCGAGGACGCCCCCGAGGGCAAGCCGGGCCUCACCGAGCGCGACAUCUUCGGCAAAUGGGGCGACGAGCCCAGCUACUCCUCCUCCUACCAGUCUGCCAAAGAGAAGGGCCGCAGAGACGAAGACGAGGAAGACGCCGUCGACGACGUGGAGGAAGAGCUGUACCGCAGCCGCAAACACUCGUCCAAGAAGGAGGAGAAGUCUAAGAAGAAGGAGAAGAAGGAGAAGGCCAAGAGGAGCCUGACUCCCCCCUCCACGUCCAAGGAGAAGGAGCGGCCGCUCUUCCCCGGAGCCUUCCCCCCCCAGGACCCGUGUCCUCCUCACCGCCUGUCCGCCUCCAGGGCCGAGUUCGAGCUCAAGAUGAGUUCCUUAGAGGAAAUGCCCAGCUCGUCUCUGUCCAAAGAUCGCCUGACGCCUCGCGAUCUGCUCCAUUCCUCCAAGAAGGACCCAGAGUUCAGGUCCAUUUUCCAGCACAUGCAGUCGGUGCAGCUGCGGCGCAGCCCGUCGGAGCUCUUCGCCCAGCACAUCGUCUCCAUCGUGCACUACAUCAAAGCUCAACACUUCCCCUCCUCAGACAUGACUCUAAGCGAGCGCUUUGCCAUGUACGAACGAAAAGCCGCCGAGGCAGAAAUGAUGAAGCCAAGGAAGAGCCCAGAAAUCCACAGGAGAAUCGAUGUUUCCCCCAGUGCCUUUAAGAGGCACUCUCAGCUGUUUGAGGAUGUGGACGAGACGAGCUACAAGGAUCCAAGUAAAAGGUUCAAAGGAGACAUCAUGGACCUCCGGCUGGAUAUUGAAAGACGAAAGAGGUUUGCCGGGAAGGAGCGCGACUACAAGCGUGAAGGAGGCAAGAGCCCCGAAGGCUCCCGAGGGGCCAGCAGGGAGCGGUCCUCAGAGAAAUCUGGCAAACACCACAAAAAGUCCAAGAAGAGCAAGAAGAAGCGUGACCGCUCUCCUUCCUCCUCGUCCUCCUCCUCCUCGCCGUCACCCUACCCCCCCCUCUACAGAGGAAAAGAGUUCAUGGGGGAGGGCAUGGAGCCCCCGGAGGAGGGUUACAGCCACUCACGCUAUCCUCCACGGGACUACAGCGCCUCCGGGGACCGGGGCCCUCGGGAUUACGAGGGCCACUUCCCAGAGAGAGGAAGAGGCCGUGGAUUUUUCCCCAGAAUAAGAGGAAGAGGCUGGAACAGAGGAAAUUACCCUGGAAACAGCAACGGAAACCCGGCCAAUAUGAACCCCCCGGUGCGCCCCCAGGAGGAGGACUGGGACCCUGAAUACACCCCCAAGAGCAGGAAGUACUACCUGCACGACGACCGGGACGGAGAGAAGACCUGGGUGGAGAGCCGGGGCCGGGGCCGCGGCUCCUUCCCGGCCCGCCGCGGCCGCUUCGUGUACCGGAAGGGCGGCAGCAGCCCCAAGUGGACCCACGACAUGUUCCAGGGCGCCGAGGAGGGCGAGCUGGGCGACGACGGCAUGGAGGUGGAGCACAAGGAGUCCAAGCCCGGCGCCGACGGCCCCCCCAAGCAGUGAAGCGUCUCCUCCCGUGUCCGUUUAACGGUUUAACUCUUUCUGUUUUUAUGUCUUUUUAAGGGGGAACUUUAAGGCUUCGUGUUGUGCAGAAAAUCAAAGCAUUUGUGCCUUAGAGGAGAAUAAAAGCUGGUGGUGUUGUCUCUGUGCAGCGUGUGAAGGCAUCGUUCAUAACUGUAACUGUUUCUGCAUGAAGUGGCUCAGCGGGACCAAUCAGCAGCGGCCAUCCACCUCAGCCUCGGUCACAUGACGUCUCCGCCUCGCUCCGUCUGUUUAACACCACCCGUUCAUGUCGUUAGACUUCAGUUCCUACUGAACCAUCUGCUGUAGAGAUUUAGCUUGAACCUCUUAUGAAUUUCUAGUUUUAAACCUGACAAAGGAUCAGAUGCUCUGCUGUGAUUCAGGCUGUUUGGACCGGACGUUCUGCAUGUUCUGAACAAACCGUCCCACGUCUUCUCUUCAGCCUGAACCUUUUUUACUUUUCUCAAGCUUUAAACUGGCUGUCUUGAUUUUCAAUAAAUGUUCUUUUUGUCGGGCC